AACCGAGGAAAAUCAAGGUCUCACCUGGCUUCCAUUUUCAAGAGAACAUCCUGGGCUAUCAGCUCAUGAUAAAAAUCAAUACAAUCCUAUUGAAAAAUUCUUACACACGAUCUGGUUUUUCAAAGAUCUCCUGGAAAGCCUGUUUCAGAAAACUCUUCUGAAAAUAAUUUUGCUUGUGAAAACAUGCCCAAGUCUCCUUUUUAGUAUGGCGAAAACCGGAGCUCUGAACAAAAUAUUUUCAUUUUUUCCGAGAACAGGGUCUAAAUAGACCCUGAUUGGUAGUACAAGGGUUAAUAUACAGUUUGCAUCCGCGCGUUGCAGAUUUGCACAUCCCAUUUCAGAGUUUAUUAUAUCAUAGUUUACUCAGACUUUUCUUCGAGAACAUGAUGCUGCUCCAACCAGAAAAUUUCCGUUCCAGCUCAGCUCCAGCUCCGUUCUGACUCCACUCCCGCUCACUCCAGCUCCGCUCCGAUCUGCAGCGUGAAAUAAGACUAGUUGAAAUGGGGGAAGUGUCGAUUGCAUUUGAGUAGAAUCAGCAUAGCGAGUAUGUUCUUAGAGAGUUGACUGACAUGGGAUCGCCUGAACAUCCCACCGGAAGAAAACACACGUUCUACAGGAGCGGCUGUGAAAGGUACACAACUGCGACUGAUUAUAAAUACGACAAAGAAAUAUCCACUGCGAUGAAUAGUCAACGAUAAGCUUUCCUCUGAUUGGUGGAUCUAUCAUCGUUUACAGAACACGAAGGAAAAAUGGAGCUAUUGACAGAGAGCUAAAAGAAACCGCCGCUCCGACUCCGCUCCAGCUCCAUGGUUUUUAAGAAGGCUUCGCUCCACUCCGACUUCAUGACUCUCACAAAACGCUCACUCCGGCUCCGGUGAUUUUCAUCAACCGCUCCGCUCCAGAAGCUGAGCUAGCUCUGCGCAGCGCCUGCUCCGGAAUCGCAGUUCCCCAUCUCUGGUAAGACUUAUGCUUUUUAGUGUUUUGGGAGAUUCGAGCAAUUCCUAGAUUCCUUGAGCUAUGAGAAAAUCGCUUUGCGUUUCUUGAACUGAAGGUCGAACAUUCGAAAAUUUCUUUAUUAGGGAUAUCAUUAUUAAAUACAGUCAGAUCGAUUAAGAGGAAAGUUUAUACAUUAAACGUUAAAAACUAGAUCUAGUAGAAAAUCGAAACAGCACACAUAGCUCUUCAUAUGAAGACUUAUACGAGAAAGUUUUUAUACAAUUUCAUAUAUAAAAGAUAUCUUUUAUAUAUGUAUCUUUUAUAUAUGUGUAGGUAUAACCUUAUCGGUCUAGCCUUGAAUUUUCUCUCUUUUGUUCUAUUGUAUUUCACAGUAAAAAUAGAGAAAAAUAGUAGUUGUUUUCAUCAUUUGUACAUUUAUUCCGUUUAUGUUUAUGUUUUUGAAAAUGACCAGUUAAAGGUAGAAAUACCAACAAAUAAAGGUAUGGAAGUCCAAAACAACUGCAAUUAUUAUCACAUUUUUUACACAACGUUCCUUUUUUAAAAUUGUGUGACAUCUAUCUCUCCCUACGACAUUCACCCUGCCCUUUUUUUGUACAUAUGUACGCUAAACCGAAACGAUCAUAAAAUAAUAAAAAUAAUUGUGUUAUAUGUUUGUUUUAUCACAUCAUUACUCAAGCGUAGUAAAAGUAUGUUUUCUUUCCUUUCUUGACAAAGGAAUACAUGUCAGUGAUCAGAUUUUUUAAAACGAGAACAAAAUAUGGCAUACACGUAGAAUGAUUAACGUACUGCACGGAUGAGAGCGAGUGUAUUGAAUAUAUUAACCUGUGAUUAAAACUCGGUAUUCAUUUAGUUAUGACCAUUGAUAAUAAAACUGUACAUUCUACUGCUGUUCCAUCAACAGCAAAAGCCAAUGCUCUCAGCGAUGAUGCACAACUUAUAGAUCUUGGCUAUACUCCUGAACUUAAACGUGUAUUCAGUUAUCUAUCGGCCUUCGGGCAAGCAUGGGGAGCACAAGGAUUAGCUCCGUCAAUUGCCGGUUCACUCGUCUUUUCACUUGGAAGUGGUGGGUCAGUCACUGCAUUUUGGACAUGGAUUGCCGGCUGUGUAAUGUUGAUCACUGUUGCACUGGCAUUGGGUGAAUUGGGAAGUUCCAUGCCGACUUCUGGUGGGGUAUACUAUUGGGUAGCAAAGUUAACUCCUGUCAAGUAUCGACCACUAUUCUGUUGGGUUAGUGCAUAUAUGGUAAUACUCGGGUAUAUUGCAUUCUAUGCUAGUACAGUUUAUUUUACAACGACAAUGUUUUUAGCGGUUAUUAGUAUGGGCUAUGACGGAGCUUACGUACCGAAUAAGUAUCACGAUUAUGGCGUCUACGUUGGCUUUUGUAUUCUCACAUGUGCAAUGACUGCAUUACCAUCACGAAUUCUAUCUCGUUUAAAUCAAUUCUACGUAUUCUAUCAAGCAGCCGUUUGUCUUGCUCUCAUCCUCGCUAUGGCAAUUGCAACACCAAAAUCGAAUCGGAAUUCGGCAAAGUUUGUUUUUGUAGAGUUUCAGAACACUGGUUUUUGGAGUAAUAAUGUUUGGGCCUGGUUUUUGGGACUACUCUGUCCAGUCUGGGUUGUCUCGGGGUUUGAAUCAAGCUCAACCUUAGCUGAAGAAGCGAGUAAUGCAUCACGUGUCGUACCAUUUGCUAUGAUUUCGUCACUCUUAGCUUCACUUUUUAUCGGUGCAGCGAUUAUCAUAACACUUCUAUUCACAAUGGGACAAAAUAUUAAUAGUCUACUGGAAAGUAAAUUUGAACAGCCCGUUGGACAAAUGCUGUACAAUGGUUUAGGGACGAAGGGUUCCGUAGCACUAUUCUUCUUUAUGUUUAUUGCAUUCGUCUUUAAUGACACGAAUCUACUCUUCCCAGCAUCACGCGAACUAUUUGCAUUCAGUCGAGAUGGUGGAUUCCCAUUCAGUGGAUAUCUAAGGGUUCUCACGUCGAACAAAGUACCUCGACGAUGUGUUUGGCUUUGUGGCUUCAUAUCCAUUAUAAUCGGACUAUUGAUGUUGGUGAAUAACACAGCUAUUACAGCUAUAUUUAAUCUGGCAGUUAUUGCUUUAUACUUGGGAUAUAUAGCUCCACUUGCUUCGAGAUUGAUCUGGCUACGGAAUGAUUUUCAUCCUGGUCCAUUCUAUCUCGGCAAGCGAUUGAGUCUCAUUAAUUCAGCUGUUGCAAUUGUUUGGAUGGUAUUUAUUAUUAUUCUCCUACUAUUUCCAUCGUAUCAACAGCCGAAUGCACAACAAAUGAAUUAUGCGAUUGUAGUUAUUGGAUUUGUAAUCAUAGCAAGUUUACUUUAUUAUUAUUUUCCAAAAUAUGGUGGUAAGACAUUUUUUCAUGGACCGGUGAGAACAGCAGUGGUAGUGAUGGAAGGAGUGAAGGAUGACGAGAGGCAUGACCGUUGGAUAUAA